GUUAGUUAACUUAAACCCUAUACAAGAACCCGAGAACAAACGCCGCCCUCGGCAGCUGGUAGGGUGUAGAAGAAGUGAGAAGAAAAAAUGGGAGGAGAGAAGAAGAGAAUAGAGAAGCAGAAGAAGAAGUCAAAAUCAUCAGGGGGCUUCGAAUCUCUGAAUCUAAACCCCAAUGUAUUCAAAGCAAUCAAACGCAAAGGCUACAAAGUCCCCACUCCAAUUCAAAGGAAGACGAUGCCUCUCAUCCUCUCCGGCCACGACGUCGUCGCCAUGGCCCGCACUGGUUCCGGCAAAACGGCAGCGUUUCUUGUCCCAAUGCUCCACCGCCUCAACCAGCAUGUCCCUCAGUCCGGUGUUAGAGCCCUCAUAUUGUCCCCUACAAGGGACUUGGCUCUUCAAACCCUAAAAUUCACCAAAGAGCUUGGUCACUUCACUGAUCUUAGGGUUAGUUUGUUAGUUGGCGGUGACAGCAUGGAGAGCCAGUUUGAGGAACUGGCUCAGAGCCCUGACAUUAUAAUUGCCACACCUGGUAGGCUUAUGCACCAUUUGUCUGAGGUAGAUGACAUGUCGUUGCGUACCGUUGAGUAUGUUGUUUUUGAUGAGGCUGAUUGUUUGUUUGGGAUGGGUUUUGCUGAGCAGUUGCACCAGAUUCUUUCGCAGCUCGGCGAGAAUCGCCAGACGCUGUUAUUUAGCGCUACUAUGCCCAGCGCGCUCGCAGAGUUUGCGAAGGCCGGCCUGCGAGAUCCUCAGCUUGUGAGGCUUGAUUUGGAGACUAAAAUUAGCCCUGAUUUGAAGACUGUGUUUUUUACUUUGAGACAGGAAGAGAAGUAUGCUGCAUUGUUGUAUUUGGUUAGGGAAAGGAUUGGUUCGGAUCAGCAGACAUUGAUUUUUGUAUCCACAAAACACCAUGUUGAGUUUUUGAAUAUACUGUUUAGAGAAGAAGGGAUUGAACCAUCUGUGUGUUAUGGUGACAUGGAUCAAGAUGCCCGAAAAAUACAUGUAUCAAGGUUUAGGUCGAGGAAGACGAUGCUGUUGAUUGUGACAGAUGUUGCAGCUCGUGGCAUUGAUAUUCCGUUGCUUGAUAAUGUUAUCAAUUGGGACUUCCCACCAAAGCCCAAGAUAUUCGUUCAUCGUGUUGGAAGGGCUGCGAGGGCUGGCCGUACUGGCACUGCUUAUUCCUUUGUGACAUCGGAGGAUAUGGCUUACCUAUUGGAUCUUCAUUUGUUUCUGUCGAAGCCGAUAAAAGCUGCUCCCACCGAAGAAGAGGUCUUGCAGAAUAUGACUGGAGUAAUGUCGAAAAUUGAACAGGCAAUGGCAAAUGGAGAAACUGUUUAUGGCCGAUUCCCUCAAACAGUCCUUGACCUUGUUUCAGAUAGAGUUAGGGAAAUUAUUGACACUAAUGCAGAAUUGGAGUCAUUGCAGAGAACCUGUAACAAUGCAUUCCGUUUAUAUAUGAAGACGAAACCCUUACCAUCCAAGGAGUCUAUUCGAAGAGUAAAGGAUUUGCCACGUGAGGGUCUGCAUCCGAUGUUCAAGAAUGUAUUGGAAACUGGGGAGUUAAUGGCCCUUGCAUUUUCAGAGCAUUUGAAAAAGUUUAGGCCAAAGCAGACUAUCUUGGAAGCUGAAGGGGAAGCAGCUAAAUCAAAGCAUGUACAGGGUCCUUCCGGUCAAUGGGUUGAUGUGAUGAAAAGGAAGAGAGCCAUUCAUGAGAAUAUUAUAAAUUUGGUUCAUGAACAGCAGUCUAAAAGUACUGUGGAAAAGGAGGAAAUUCAACCAGAAGAUAUUCCUUCCACUGGAAAAGGGAGAACAGCAUCUGGUUCUAAGAGAAAGCAACAGUGUUUCAUGGAUGAGGAAUACUAUAUAAGUUCAGUACCUAAAAAUCAACACAUGGAGGCUGGCCUUUCUGUGAAAGCUAAUGAAGAAUUUGCCGCAAACAGAUUGGAUUCUGCUGUUUUAGAUCUGGUUGCAGAUGAUAGUACUGGCAUUCAGAAACAAAGAUCUGUAUAUCACUGGGAUAAGAGGAGUAAAAAGUACAUCAAGUUAAAUAAUGGUGACCGUGUUGCAGCAAAUGGAAAGAUAAAGACAGAGAGUGGUGCAAAAACAAAGGCCACCAAGACAGGCAUAUAUAAGAAGUGGAAAGAGCGCUCACACACUAAGGUAUCUCUUAAGGGGACAAAUAAUGAUGGUAAUGCUCAAGAAUCCACGAGUUUUAAAGGAUCUUACAGAGGAAGAGGUAGGAAUUUCAAAGGCGGCAGUAAGAGGCAGCAAUCAAUGCCCAAUUCUCAUGUUCGUUCAGAGAUCAAAGAAUUUGAUCAAAUUCGAAAGGAGAGGCAGAAAAAGGCAGACAGGAUUUCACA